ACAUAGACUCAGCUCAGGAGCUCUGCGGCACACAGCUGAUCGAACCCACUCAUUUCUAGAGGACACCAUGUUUGAAGGGCCAAGGCGUUAUCGUCGGCCACGCACAAGAUUUCUCUCCAAACAACUCACAGCAUUGAGAGAAUUGCUUGAAAAGACCAUGCACCCAAGUUUGGCUACAAUGGGGAAACUGGCUUCAAAGAUACAACUUGAUCUAUCCGUAGUAAAGAUCUGGUUCAAGAACCAGCGUGCCAAAUGGAAGAGGCAGCAGCGGCAGCAAAUGCAGACACAGCCAUCACUAGGACCAGCAAACCAGACAAUUUCAGUGAAGAAGGAGGAGACUCCCUCAGCCAUAACUACUGCAAACAUUCGUCCAGUAAGUCCUGGAAUCUCUGAUGCAAAUGACCAUGAUCUACGUGAGCCUUCUGGUAUCAAGAAUCCUGGAGGAGCCAGCGCCUCUGCGAGGGUUUCAUCCUGGGAUUCUCAGUCAUAUGACAUUGAACAGAUAUGUCUGGGGGCUUCAAAUCCUCCUUGGGCCUCCACUCUCUUUGGAAUAGAUGAAUUUGUAAAGAUCUAUGACUUGCCAGGGGAAGAUGACACCAGCAGCCUAAAUCAAUAUCUUUUUCCAGUAUGCCUUGAGUACGACCAGCUCCAAUCUUCAGUGUAACUUCUUACACAUCACUUCUAGGGGAGGUCUGGAUCUGACCCACUGAGACAUAUUUCCACACAUCUUUAAUGGUUUGACCCCAGUCUAAGUAGAUCAGGGGCUGGGAAUUUAUCUUUUUCUGUAGAAAAAACAAUAAAGGAACUCCCCUACCUUUCA